GUCGGGGCGUUGCAGUGCAGUUUGAAAGAAGGAAAACAUAGGAAGGAGAAGAGAAGAGAAGAGGACAGGCUGAAGAAUGGAGCAGGAUCAUCAGAUGACUAAGGAGGAUUUCGAGGCCACCUUCAAGAAAUUACCAGAAAGUGCGAUUUUCAGGCUUCCGCUAUCUUUAGUUCAUGGAGUACCACUGAUGAAGCCUAUUGCGGACCAAUGGGAACGGGUGGAAACAUUUCAAGCCAGACCAGACGAUAUCUUCAUAGUGACUUAUCCCAAAGCAGGCACUACAUGGAUACAAGAGAUUGUGGACUCCAUAAUGAAUGAUGGCGACCUAGAGAAGAACAUGCGUGCUCCCACCCAUGUACGUUCUCCAUUUCUGGAGCUGUUCCCCCCGCCUCCCAUGCCUUCCGGCGUAGAUGCUUUGAACAUUACUCCAUCUCCCCGCCUGGUCAAAACCCAUCUGCCGUAUAAACUGGUACCAAUAUCUUUUUGGGAGAAAAAGUGCAAGACGAUUUACUUUGCUCGGAACUUAAAGGACAACGCAGUGUCGUGUUACUUCUUCGACCAGAUGAAUAAGUCUCAGCCCGACCCCGGGACCUGGGAUGAGUACGUGGAAAAGUACCUUAAGGGUGAAAUGUCCUGGGGAAACUGGUUUGAUCACGUGAUCGGCUGGUGGAAUGCGAAAGACAAGCACGACAUCCUCUAUAUAUUUUAUGAAGAUAUGAAGGAGGACCCCAAACGAGAGAUGCGCAAGGUGACAAAGUUUCUGGGCAAGAACCUUUCAGAAGAAGUGUUGGAUAAGAUCUUCCACCACACAACGUUCGAAGCCAUGAAGGAAAACCCAAUGGCAAAUUAUUCCACCGUUCCAAAUAUUGUGUUUGACCAGACCAUCUCCCCCUUCAUGAGGAAAGGUGAAGUUGGAGACUGGAUGAAUUACUUUACAGAAUCCCAGAGUAAAAUGUUUGACACGGAAUACGAAGAGAGAAUGAAAGGAACCGACCUGAAAUUCCGCACCACCAUCUGAACUGAGCUAUUGGAGUCUGGAGAUGAUACAGAAAAUGUUUCUUGCUAUACCACAAAAAGGCUUGACCUAGGGACCUGCAUUGGUUUGGAUAACAAACAGUAUCCAACCAGACUUUUGAUCUCGAAGUGUUCAAAUCCACAGCCAAUAUGUACUGAAGGUGUUGAAAGACCGAUGUUCUAGAUGGAUGCACCAAAGAUCGAAAUUUUUUUUUUUUUU